AUGGGUAAAUUAUCUUUGGCACCAGUUGCCACUGGUACUCCCGACCACGGGUUUUGUGGUUGUUGUGGGAAAGUGGUGUGGGAGGAUGAGCCACCCAAGGAAUGGACCAUCGAGUGGCACGUUUGGAAAAUCCGAAAAAAAAAUCCCCCACGUGUCAUCUUCUUCCUCCUCUCCCUCACUGUGCUGCCAACCCAGCUGUGGCCGGCGUCACCACCGUCCUGUCCCCUGCAAGAGUUGGCGCCCGAGCUCAGCCUCGCCCUCAUCCACUCGCACCCCCAGCCGGCUCCCUCUCCUUCCUCUCCCCUUUCUUUCUUCUCCCAGCCAACCACCACCACCAUUGCCGCUCGGAGAUCGAGCUCGUCGCCCCGCUGCUACAAACCCUCCCCGGCCGAGCCAAGAUACCAGCGGCUGCGCCAAGGACUCCUCUUCUCUUCCCCCACCUCCAAUCCCGAGCUCCCACACCCCGGCUCAAGAUCGAGGUCGAAUUUUCUCCAUGGCCGCCGGGUGAGAAGCUCGAACGCCACCGUCGAUUACUCCCUCCCCGCCGAGAUCGCCGGAAAAGCCGAUUUCCCCGCCGCCGUCAGCGGGAACCCGCCACCUCCAUGUCGAGCUCCCUCUUCCGGCCCUCCUCCACGUGAACAAGCUCCACAGAAACGAUGCCGGAACAGAGGACAUGGAGGACAUAAUGGAGAGUUUGCUGCGGAUUCUAACAUCUUUGAAUGUGCUAACAAUUCUCGGACCCAAAGUAUUCCCGACCACGGGUUUUGUGGUCGUUGUGGAAAAGUGGUGUGGGAGGGUGAGCCACCCAAGGAAUGGACCAUCGAGUGGGUUCCCUCCUCUCCCCGCCAAGAGCAAGAUGAAUGAAAUCAUGUCUACAGGCCGGACAUGAUUUCCUGUAAAAUAUGUAUCGUAGUGUUUAUCGCUUCCGCUCGCGUAUAUGUUAUCGGAUUUCGAACCCUCUAUGUAUUGUAAAAUGUCACUUCAGAACUGGCACUCUUUUAUGUAACUAAGUACCAAACUAAGUUGUAAUAACUAAAUUACUCGCACUCUAUAUUACUUAUGCUCA